ACCAAUCCUCCUCCAAUUUUUCAAAGAUCAUACAUCAAAAUUACAUGCGUCUAUAUAUAUAACUGGGGUCAGCUUAGUAUUCUCAACUCAAAACUUAGCUCGCCCAAAAAAAGAAAACGAAAACGAAAAAUGGUUUCAGAGAAAAAGAAGAGAACACAGACUAUGGAUCGAUAUUUUUGUUCUGCCUCUUCUGUUUCAUAUUCGUUGCAGAAGGCAUGAAGAUGGAGAAGUCUUAUUACUACCUCAAACAACACAUCAUAACCGUGACAGGCAUUGCAGUAGCAGAAGCAGUCGCAGAAAGCUGUAGUAGACGGAAGCUGUAGUAGACGGAAGCUCUCGGUAGCGAUCGGGGAGUGGAGAGAGCGUCCUCCAACUACUUACUCCGUCAAGUUCCAGUCUUUCCCGACCUUGGUGAAGCUGAUGAAAGAUGGGAAAUACGAGUCCCUUCCUUUCACCGCCGGUGCAUACAAUUGGACGUUCAUACUCUACCCCAGCGGCAACAAUAAAGAUGGCGUGAGUGGAACCAUUUCGCAAUAUGUAAGAAUCGAUAAUUCAAGUCUCAUCACCAACCCAGAAGAUGUGUUUGCAGAGGUCAAGUUCUUCAUCUACAACAGAAUGUUGAACAAGUAUUAUGUAAAAGGAGGUACCAAACUGAGGCGAGGAAGUUUCAUUUCUAAUACGGAAUAUGGAGUGCAUACUUUCACAACAGCGGGGGUCCAACUGCCGGAAAGGGGUUAUCUUUUCGACGGAGAACAUGUCCUGUUUGGAGUUGACGUAUUUGUUGCUCAACCCAAUAAGAAAUGUGAACUUUUUUCCUUUGAUGAACACAUCUCGGACCCAAUUUUCACUUGGAAGCUCAUCAGAUUCUCAACACUCUACAGUGACUCUUACACAUCCGAUCCCUUUUCUUCCGGAGUAAGAGACUGGGUAUUGAAGGUGUACCCAAAUGGAGAUGGUUAUGGAAAGGGGAAUUCAUUGUCACUCUACUUGUUGAGCUUGUCUAGUGAAAAGCCAUAUGUUCGAGCCAAACUACGAGUUUUUAACCAAAACAAAUCCAACCAUGUGGAGAAGCAAGUGGAUGGCUGGUCCAAUGUUGUUAACAAUAACGAAUGGGGUUUCCAGAAGUUUAUACCGAUUGAAGAUCUUAAAGAUCCAUCUAAAGGAUACGUGGUGGAUGAUGCGCUCAAGGUUGAAGUCGACAUGAUCGCCUUCUCUAAAACAGACCGGUUUCAGAGGAAAUAGACAGUUAGAAAUCCGUACGGGUUGGCAUUUGGUUUAUAUUCAUAGAUAAGAACUAAAAGAAUUCCUCCGUCUUUCCUUUUAAUUUAGAUAAAAGUUAUAUUUGUUUUGUUUCCACUAAAAUUGUGACACCUUUGUUUCUGUAAGAGCAACGAUUUGCAGAUUUAAUAAAGAGUUAUCUCUGUUUCUUUCUUG